AUGAAGAAAGAUCCAAGCAUCAUGAAGGAAAACAUGAAAUGGACUCUAGCAAUGGAUGAAGUCUUCAUUCAGGCCCUUUUGGAUCAGCAUUACAAAGGAUUUCGCGUGGAUGGAACUUUUACACCAACUGCAUACAAUAAUAUUAUCAAUGAGUUGAAGGAGAAACUUGGAAUGGAAUUUACCAAAAGUCAUUUGAAGAAUCGACUGAAGACACUCAAGGAACACUUCAAAGAGUCCUAUGAUUUCUUUAGAAAUGGAAAAUUAAGUGGUUUUUCUUGGAACCCAUUCACAAAAACUUGGUGUGCUGAACCUGAAGUUUGGGAACAACUUCUACAGGAAAAACCUGAAGCUAUAAAGUGGAAGACUAAAGUUAUCAACCAUUAUGACAGUUUAGAAGAACUUUUUGCUAAAGAUAGAGCAACGGGACAAGGUGCUGAAACAGCAAAAGAGAAACGCAUGCGUUGGAUGAAUGAACCAAAUGGAGUGCAGUUUGAAAAUAUCAUUGAGAUUGAUAACAUGCUAUCUCAAAAUGAGAUCAGUCUAGAGACCUUCAAUAAUUCAAGUAAGGAGUUGGAUGCACAACGAUCAAAGGCAUGUAACAACAAACAAUCUCAAGGUACAACAGCAACACAAAGUAAGAAAAGAAAAGUCACAUGUGAUGAAGAAUUUGAAAGUUUGAAGGGUGCACUUCACAAUGUUGCUGAUGCACUAAGAGAAGGUAAUACUAUUCUUGAGAAAUCUAGGCCACGGGUAUAUUCAGAGAAAGAGAUUUAUGAUGAACUUGUUAAUAUUGGAGUUGAGAUAGACCUGAUUGAUGAUUAUUAUGUGUUCCUUUGUCAAAACACCGAGAAAGUAAGAAGCUUCUUUGGAUGCCCAUCGGAAAGGCGUAGGAAUAUUUUGAACAAAUUGAUGAAUGGAUUUUAG